AUGUCAACAUUUCAGUGCCCAAAUGGAUAUUUUAUUUCUAAAUUUGCAUCUGUUUUUGAUGGUUCAGAACGUUUUUAUAAAUUUAGUUGUACUAAAUUUGGUAAAGAAGUUAUAUUACAUGAUGAAAUAUGUAAUACUACUGAAGCAGAAACAACAGAAGAAGGUGAUAUGUACCUAAGUUGUGGUAGUGAUCAAUAUACUGUUGGUGUUGAAUUAAUUGAAAAUGUUAAUCCUGGUAUUCAUUCAUGGCAAUUAUUAUGUUGUAAAAGUAAUCAAAUUAUAAUAAGAAGUGAUGAUUGUAUUGAUACAAAAUUUAUUAAUGAUUUUAAAAAAGCAAGUAGUUUUAGUUCUGGAACUCAAAUUAUACGAAAAUGGCAAAGUAUGGGAGAAAAUGGUGAUAGAAGAUGGUGGUUACAACUUUGCCCUAUUGAUGUAUUAUCAUUAAAAAAAGAAAAUAUUCAUGGUGACGUUAGAGCAAGAAGACAAAUUCCAUUAGAUUGGAGUAGAGGACGUUUUCCAGUUACUGUAUCUGAAUAUAAUCCUUUAUUUAUGAGUCAAGAAAAUUUAGCUGAAUCUCAAAGGAGAAAAGUAUUUAAAAUUAAUCAUGAAAUAAAUAAAGAAAAUGUUUUAGUUUUCUCAAGAGAAGGUCUUCAAACAACAUCAUCACCAAUUAAUGAUAUGUUACCAGAAAUGCCAGUUAGAUUACGACAUUACAGCCCAACAAAUAUUAAUAUAAAUCGUUUAAAUAUUCAACCCAAAAGUAGUGAAAAACCUUAUACUAGUGUUACAAAAACUACAACAACAACUACUACUACUGUUACUACUACUAAUACACCAACAACUUCCAUUAAAUAUUCUCAUUAUCCAGAAAAAGAAACAGAUGCAUUAGAUUACUAUGACAUGUAUGAUGAUAAUUUUGAUAAAAAAAAACAUCUUGAAAAACAUAACAAUGGUAUAUUAUCAGCUGUUUCUGAUAUAUUUCAAAAUUUACAAGAUUCUCUAUCACUUGCUCAAUAUGCAAUACCUCAAGAAAAUUUUAAAUUAAUACUUCCUGAAACACCACAACCAAUCAUUCCAACAAAUUAUAAUGGUCCUCCAAUUAAAUAUAAUAAACCAACACCUGGUAAUAAUGAAUUUCUUUUUUCAACAGAUAAUGAUGCAUUUAAAUUUCAUAUUAAUUCAGAUAUUAAAAAAAUUGGCCCAUUACCUAAUAUUCCAAAUGGUAUGGAAAGAAAUUUACAAAAGAAUAAUGAUAAUGGACAAGGUCCAAUAGAUUCAAUACUUCAAACAUUAGGACUUUGUCAAGGCCAUAGAUAA